CUCGCCCCCCGGGCUCUUCAGGCCGCGCCGCCCGCCCUCAAGGAAGCUCCCCGCGCCUCGGGCCCCUGAGGGCCUCCGGCACUGUCCAGGAGGAAGGCGGGACUUCCUGUCCCAAAGAUGAACGGUUUCCGAUCCGGAAGAACGGACUCUAACGGCAUCAGAGAGAUUCGGCCGGGAGCUUGAGACUGAAGUCAAUAAGGGAGAAUGCUAGCGACUUAUUGCUUACUCCACCAUCUUGGCUCCAGAAGUCGAUUCAACAGUGAAAUUCUGAAGAUAUAAACUCAAACAAUUCUUAUGAGGAAGAAAAAACAGGAGUUGUUUGGAAAGACUGAUGUGGGUGCACACAGGGAAUUCACCAACCAACUUAUUUAUUAAAAAAUAUAUAUGCAGAAGAUGGAAGCAAGGGCAGGAGAAGAUGGCCGAUCCUUGGCAAGAAUGCAUGGAUUAUGCAAUAACCCUAGCAAGAAAAGCUGGAGAGGUGAUUCGGGAAGCUUUAAAAAAUGAGAUGGCUGUCAUGAUGAAGAGUUCUCCAGCAGAUCUGGUUACAGCCACUGACCAAAAAGUUGAAAAAAUGAUGCUUUCUGCCAUAAAGGAAAGGUUUCCUUCUCACAGUUUCAUUGGGGAGGAAUCAGUGGCUGCUGGGGAAUACAGUGUCUUGACUGAUAAUCCCACAUGGAUAAUUGAUCCUAUUGAUGGAACUACUAACUUUGUUCAUAGAUUUCCAUUUGUAGCUGUUUCCAUUGGCUUUGUUGUGGGAAAAAAGAUGGAAUUUGGAGUUGUAUACAGUUGUAUAGAAGAUAAAAUGUAUACUGGCAGGAAAGGAAAAGGGGCUUUUUGCAAUGAUCAGAAACUUCAGGUGUCAGGACAAGAAGAUAUUACUAAAUCAGUUUUGGUGACAGAAUUGGGAUCUAACAGAGAACCAGAGAUUGUAAAAAUUAUUCUUUCAAACAUGGAGAGACUUCUUUGUAUUCCUAUUCAUGGGAUAAGGGGCGUUGGUACAGCAGCAAUAAAUAUGUGCCUUGUUGCAAGUGGAGGAGCAGAUGCAUACUAUGAAAUGGGCAUUCACUGCUGGGAUAUGGCAGGAGCUGGUAUUAUCAUUACUGAAGCUGGUGGAGUGCUUUUGGAUGUAACAGGGGGACCUUUUGACUUGAUGUCACGAAGAAUAAUUGCUGCAAGCAGCAGAGCCUUGGCAGAAAGAAUCGCCAAAGAAAUCCAGCUAAUACCUCUUCAGCGAGAUGAUGAAGAAUAAUUGAGACGGUUUGAGUGGAUGAUUUAAUCUCAAACUGCUUUUCCCCAUGUCACAUGCUGGGGAUUGCGAAUCAUUCAAAUUCAGCUAUAAGUUGAGCUUAAAUGUGUAGUGCCUCUUUCAAAAGUAUAAGGUUGAUUUUAAACUGUCCUCGAUUUCAAGAUUAUAAAAAUUACAAUUUGCUUACUUAGCAAAGUACAGAAAAGCAUUCUUUUAACUUCUUUUAAAUGGUUUUAUUGAGAGGAAGGAAUACAUAGAGGGGAGGAGGAAGAACUCCAAAAUAAAUAUGCUUCAUAAAAUAUUCACAAUGCAGUCAAUUGAAAUAGUCAAGGACAAACUGUGUGGAGUUGCUUCUGGAUAUGCAGUCUUCAGAAUAUCAUAUUAACUUGAUAUUUAGAUACUUAUGUACCCUUAAAUUAAAAAUAAACCUCUGUGGGAAAAAAAAGCUUAGGGCUGCAAAAGCCAUAUUUUAUUGAAUUAUAAGACUGAAAAACUAACUUCUUCCUUGGGUCAUAAUGUCUUAAACCUUAUUUUGAAGCCAACAAUUCAAGAGUCAGAGUAAUUGCUGAAAGAUUGAGUUGAAUAGACUUUAUUUGACAUUAAAGUCUAAUUAUUAUUAAGGGGAAUUUGCUCAGUGAAUAGACAUUUAUCAUUCCAUAGAACCAUAUUCCAUUCAGAGGUUUUUGAAAUUAAUACAGCUUUUGUGACUAUUUGAUAAUUGUCCUAGUCAUAGGGAGAAUUUAUUUUAAACUGUUUGUUAACUAUCCUACUGCAGAUGCCAGGAUGAGGCUAUGUUUAUAGGAUGCCAAAAUAAGCAAUGGAAAAAUUAGAAAAAAUCCCUUGGACCAGAUAUUUGAUGCCAUUUUGAUUUUUCAAAGAAUCUUUUAUUCAGUUUGGCAUUUUGACUGAUUCUAGUCACAUUGGUUGUUUUUGUAAACGUUGCAGAGCAAAUAGAGUAGACUCAUAUUGACCUAUUUGGUGUCCUCUAAAAGUAGUUCUUCUGUUCCACUUCCAGCAGAUUCUGUAGCUUCAACUUUCCCCAGCAAUCUUUGGCUUCUUUCUCCCACCCAUGUAAAGGAAAAUUGCACUGACUAAUAGAUAUUAUAAAAGGAUUAAUUUAUUCAAGGCCAUAACCUAAAAUGUGAAUGGAACAUAGAAGCUUUGUGUUAAACUAAUGUGUGUUUUAUAUUUGGUGAAGUUAAAAAUGUUAAAGUGUUCAAGGUAGAGAAUCAUAUUCAUUGUCUUGUAUGUUAAUAGGUGAUACUAAAAUAUAAGUAUUACAAUUGUACUUACACAGUUAACUGAUGUAAGUACUUAAAGCAUCAUGUACUGUAUUAUGCCAAGAGAGAUUUUUUUAAAAAUUAAAUUUGUUUUAGUUAUAAAUAUUACAAAUGUGGAAUAAAUAAAAAAUAAUUGAUAUUUAAAUCCAACAGUUCAUGACAUUUGUUAAGAUUCUGCUUUGUACAAGGCAUUGUUAGUUUCUUGGAACACAACGACAAAAACCAAACAGUCCCUGUCCCAAAGGAAAUUAUUGAAAGGUAUAUUCAGAUUUUAUGGGAGGGUUUUUUUUAAUGAAUAAUGUAAAUAUUUUGAAUCUUGCAGUUAAUGAGAUUUUUCCUAUAAUGCUUCUCAUUUUUGUAGUCCUAUUUUCUUUAUUAGGCUAUUUAUUAGCCUAUUCAUUCUUCAUUAGGCUAUUAUAUUAGCAUACAUAUUUCUGUUCACCAUCCACUAGUCCACCAAUUUCUUCCAAUAAAGCUUUUUUUAUGCUAA